AUGGGUGAGGGGAAAACAAGGGAGGGGCAGAGGGGGGGCAGGGAGGGAAGAAACGUGGGGCAGGGAGGGGAGAAGCCAAAGACAGGGGCAUGGGCAGGCGGGGGCAGGGAGGGAGCAAAGGAGAGGCACGGAGAAAGAAAGGGAGGCGCGGGGAGGGGAGAAACCGGGCGUGGGGGGGCGGAAAAUGAGGGGCAGGGCGGGGAGGAGGGAGGGGCAGGGAGGGGAGAAGCUGAGCACACGGAGGGGGGAAAGGUGGGGCAGGGAGGUAGGAAGCCAAGGGCAAGGGGGGGAGAGUGGGGGAGCAGGGAGAGGGGGGAGGGAGUGGAGUGGGUCGGCGAGGGGAAGGAAGAGGCGUGCAGCAGAGGAGGGGAGGGGGGAGGAGAAGGUAAACGAGGGGAGCGCACGGGCGGGGAGGAGCGAAUGGCGGGCGGUGGGAAACGGCGAGGGGGGCAGGGAGGGUCAAAAGAGGCGGCAAGGGAGCGGGCACGCGGAGGGUGGGGGCGGGGGGGAGCGGAUGGCAUGAGGAGGCAGGGGGUGUGA